AUGGCGCUUUCCGACGUUUUCGACCGAUUUGCAGACACCAAAACAAUCCUCCUCUUCUUGGUAGUCGUCCUGGUUCUCACAACAUGCGCUACUGUCUCGCUACCUUACUCGCAUCGCAUACCUGCGGACGCGCCGCCUCAAGUCAGCGAUGAUCUCCCCAUUGUUGGAGCUCUUGGUUUCUGGACUGAGCGAUGGAACUGGUGGAGCGGGCGACGCGACCAGUCCAAGACUGGCACCUUCUCUUUCCAUGUCGGGCCAAACAUGGUCGUUGCGCUCUCAGGAGAUAAGGGACGUCGGUUGUUCUUCGAGUCGAAAGAUUUGGGCUUCACUGAGGGCUACGCUGUGCUAUUCGGUUCCACGCCCAAGUCAACCAAGGAGAUUACCGACGAGGAUAAGAACCUUGCCUUCGACGCCUGGUUCCAUCGCCGUCUUACCUUCCUCUUGAAGCAAGAACAAUUCCGGCGCAAGCUGCCUGUUCUCAUAUCCGAUACAAAGGAAGCUCUAGAAGCCAUCAAAAAUGAUGUUAGCGGCCGUACGAAUCCCUUUGAGAGCCUUUAUCGCAUUGUAUUCCGCCUCACUAUCCGUAUGGUAGGUCCUACUGAGAUCGCCGAAGAUCCGAAGAAGCUAGAAGACGCCAUGAAGAUGUUCGAAAUGAUCGAUAGAAGCGCGACCGCUACGUCAGUCAUUUUCCCAAAACUGCCUUCACCAGCUAUCCUGCAACGGACAUAUGCAGGUGCGCGACUUUAUAUGAUGAUCGACAAUAUUAUCAAGGAGCGUGCCGCGAGUGACAAGAAGCACGACGAUGCCCUACAACACAUGCUAGACCAGGGCGACCGCGCUGUCAGAAUCGUUGAGUUCAUAGUUGGGGCGUUGUUCGCUGGAUUGCUUAACAGCGGUAUCAAUGCAGGUUGGGUAAUGUGCUAUCUCGCGACGUCACCCGAGUGGCUCGCCAAAGCGAAGGACGAGAUCCGCAGCACUGCGGCGAGGUACGCUAGAGAUCCGAACGCAGCCUUGCGGGACCAGCUCGAUGACGUACCUGUCGAAGCGUGGGAGACGGAAUUUCCGGUCAUCGAUAUGUGUCUCCGGGAUUCCUUGCGACUGAACCUUCUUGGUACAGCCUUCAGGCGGAACAUUAGCGGCAGAAGCAUACCCACAGGAAAUGGCAAUGAAGUCAUCCCACCCGGCGCAUUCGUUACGUACGCCACGGGCGAUAUUCAUUACGAUCCAGACGUCUAUACUGACCCGCACAAGUGGGAUCCUGCUCGAUACCUACCCGAACGCGCUGAGGACAAGAAGAAGGCAUCGCAUGGCUUUAUCGGCUGGGGGUCAGGACGGCAUCCGUGCUUGGGCAUGCGCUUCGCCAAAUUGGAGCAGAAUAUCAUCACCGCUUACUUCAUCGCGACGUUUGACUUCAAGCUUGAAGACGAGAAAGGCAAUCACCUUACAGUUGCCCCUUUGGUUGACCACAAUCGACACUCAGCGCACAAACCGGCCAAAUUGCAGUUCCUCAGGGUUAGAACGAAGGAGAUAUAG